CGCCGCCAGGGUGAAGGCAGAGGGACCUCCAUCAGACGGAGAGGGGUCUCCCCCAGUCGGAGGGGCCACCCCAGAGGGACAGGAGAGGGGGGCGGCGGCGAGGGGCAGGAAGGAAACGAGCCAUCCCAUUGAAAAGACAAAAAAAAAAAAAGAAAGAGAGAGAGAGAGAGAGAGAGAAAGGAGCAGAACCAGCCCCCUGACUUUCCACCUCCUCCGCCGCCCCCGAUGGCUGCGUAGGGGACCCCGGCAGGCAGAGGCGCGUCCGCGGCGGCGGCGGCGGCUUUCGCGGGCUGAGCGCGCGGCGGCUCUCGCGGGCCGCGGAGAUGGAGCCCUGGUCCCCCAGGUGGAAAACGAAGCGGUGGCUCUGCGAUUUCACCGUCACCGCCCUCGCCUUGACUUUCCUCUUGCAAGCCACAGAGGUCACAGGAGUUGCCCCAGUUGAUGUACUAAAAGCACUAGAUUUUCACAAUUUACCAGAAGGAAUAUCAAAAACAGUGGGAUUUUGCACAAACAGAAAGAAUUCUAAAGGUUCUGAUACUGCUUACAGAGUCUCAAAGUUGGCACAGCUCAGUGCCCCAACAAAACAGUUGUUUCCAGGUGGCACUUUCCCAGAAGACUUUUCAAUAUUAUUUACAGUAAAACCCAAAAAGGGAAUUCAGUCUUUCCUCUUAUCUCUAUAUAAUGAACAUGGUAUUCAGCAAGUCGGGGUUGAGGUUGGAAGAUCACCUGUUUUUCUGUUUGAGGACCACACUGGAAAACCUGCCCCAGAAGAUUAUCCCCUCUUCAGAACUGUUAACAUUGCUGAUGGAAAGUGGCAUCGGGUUGCCAUCAGUGUGGAGAAGAAAACCGUGACAAUGAUUGUGGAUUGUAAGAAGAAAACCACAAAGCCACUCGAUAGAAGUGAGAGAUCAAUUGUUGAUACCAAUGGAAUCACAGUUUUUGGGACAAGAAUUUUGGAUGAAGAAGUUUUUGAGGGGGACAUUCAGCAGUUUCUGAUCACAGGUGACCCAAAGGCAGCUUAUGACUACUGUGACCAUUACAGUCCGGACUGUGACUCUUCAGCGUCCAAGGCUCAGGCUCAGGAGCCCCAGAUAGAUGAGUAUGCACCCGAGGAUGUAAUCGGAUAUGGGUAUGAGGAUGGGAACACAGAAUAUGAAGAGGCUGAGGGUGUGACAGGGACACCCACUGUAGCUGAGGAGCCGUUCGCACAAACGGAGAAAAGGAAAUCCAAUUUCAAAAAGAAGACGAGGACACUGGCAGCUAACUCAAAGGCCAAACCUAAAAAGUUUACACCCCCCAAAUCUGAAAAGCUUGCAUCCAAGAGGAAGAACAAUUAUCAAGCAACAGCCAGAGCCCAGCUAGGGGUCCAGGCAAAUAUUGUGGAUGAUUUUCAAGAUUACAACUACGGAACCAUGGAGCCUUACCAGACAGAGGCUCCUAGGCGGGUUUCUGGAACCAAUGAGCCAAUUCCUGAAGAAGAAGGUUUUAUGGAAGAAUAUCUAACUGGAGAGGAUUAUGAUCCCCAGAGGAAAAUUCCAGAGGAUCCUCUAUACGAAAACAAGGAAAUAGACGGCAGGGACUCUGAUCCUCUGGUAGAUGGAGAUGUAGGCGAGUAUGAUUUUUAUGAAUAUAAGGAAUAUGAGGAGAAGCCAACGAGCGCCCCUGACGACGAGUUUGGCCCAGGUGUGCCAGCGGAGACCGAUUUCACAGAAACAAGUAUCAAUGGCCAUGGGGCAUAUGGACAAAAGGGGCAGAAAGGAGAACCAGCUGUGGUUGAGCCUGGAAUGCUUGUGGAAGGACCACCUGGGCCAGCAGGACCUGCGGGCCUUAUGGGUCCUCCAGGUUUACAAGGACCCUCUGGACCCCCUGGUGACCCCGGUGAUAGGGGGCCCCCUGGACGCCCUGGCUUACCAGGGGCUGAUGGUCUACCUGGUCCUCCUGGGACUUUGUUAAUGUUACCGUUCCGCUAUGGUGGUGACAGCUCCAAAGGACCCACCAUUUCUGCCCAGGAAGCCCAGGCUCAGGCAAUUCUUCAGCAGGCCCGGAUUGCUUUAAGAGGCCCACCUGGUCCAAUGGGUCUCACCGGAAGACCAGGCCCUGUGGGCGGUCCUGGUUCAGCUGGAGCCAAGGGUGAGAGUGGUGAUCCAGGUCCUCAGGGCCCUCGAGGUGUCCAAGGUCCCCCUGGUCCAACCGGCAAACCCGGAAAAAGGGGUCGGCCUGGUGCAGAUGGAGGAAGAGGGAUGCCUGGAGAACCUGGGUCAAAGGGUGAUCGAGGGUUUGAUGGGCUACCAGGUUUGCCUGGAGACAAAGGCCAUAGGGGUGAAAGAGGCCCCCAAGGUCCUCCUGGGCUUCCUGGUGAUGAUGGAAUGAGGGGAGAAGAUGGAGAAAUUGGACCUAGGGGUCUUCCAGGUGAAGCUGGCCCACGAGGCUUGCUGGGACCCAGGGGAACUCCAGGACCUCCAGGGCAGCCUGGAAUCGCAGGGAUAGAUGGCCCACAAGGACCAAAAGGAAACAUGGGUCCGCAAGGAGAACCUGGGCCUCCUGGUCAACAAGGGAAUCCAGGACCUCAAGGUCUUCCAGGUCCACAAGGUCCAAUUGGUCCUCCUGGUGAGAAAGGACCGCAAGGAAAACCAGGGCUUGCUGGCCUUCCUGGAGCUGAUGGGCCUCCCGGUCAUCCUGGAAAAGAAGGACAGUCUGGGGACAAGGGAGCUCUGGGUCCUCCUGGUCCACAGGGUCCUGUUGGCUACCCUGGUCCUCGAGGAGUUAAGGGGGCAGAUGGUGUCAGAGGUCUCAAGGGAUCUAAAGGUGAAAAGGGAGAAGACGGCUUUCCAGGAUUCAAAGGGGACAUGGGUCUUAAAGGUGACAGAGGAGAGGUGGGUCAAGUAGGCCCAAGGGGAGAAGAUGGCCCCGAAGGCCCCAAAGGCCGUGCUGGCCCAACAGGAGACCCAGGUCCUUCCGGUCAAGCAGGAGAGAAGGGGAAACUUGGAGUUCCAGGAUUACCAGGGUAUCCAGGAAGACAAGGUCCAAAGGGUUCCACUGGAUUUCCUGGGUUUCCUGGUUCCAAUGGAGAGAAAGGCGCUCGGGGAGUGGCUGGAAAACCAGGCCCUCGGGGCCAGCGGGGUCCAACGGGUCCUCGAGGGUCCAGGGGAGCAAGAGGUCCCACUGGGAAGCCCGGGCCAAAGGGCACUUCAGGUGGCGAUGGUCCUCCAGGUCCCCCAGGUGAACGAGGCCCUCAAGGACCCCAGGGUCCAGUUGGGUUCUCUGGACCAAAAGGCCCUCCUGGUCCCCCUGGGAAAGAUGGACUGCCAGGACACCCUGGACAACGGGGGGAGACAGGAUUUCAAGGCAAGACCGGCCCCCCUGGGCCAGGAGGUGUUGUUGGCCCACAGGGACCAACUGGUGAAACUGGUCCAAUAGGUGAGCGUGGGCAUCCUGGCCCCCCGGGCCCUCCUGGAGAACAAGGCCUCCCUGGUGCUGCAGGGAGAGAAGGUGCUAAGGGUGACCCAGGUCCCCAAGGUAUUUCAGGGAAGGAUGGACCAGCAGGAAUACGUGGUUUCCCAGGUGAAAGAGGUCUUCCUGGAGCUCAGGGUGCACCUGGACUGAAAGGAGGCGAAGGUCCCCAGGGCCCACCAGGUCCAGUUGGUUCCCCAGGAGAGCGUGGUUCAGCAGGUACAGCUGGCCCAAUUGGUUUGCCAGGGCGUCCAGGACCCCAGGGCCCUCCUGGUCCAGCUGGAGAGAAAGGUGCUCCAGGAGAAAAGGGCCCCCAAGGCCCUGCAGGCAGAGACGGAGUGCAAGGUCCCGUGGGUCUCCCGGGACCUGCUGGUCCUGCUGGCUCCCCUGGAGAAGACGGAGAUAAGGGUGAAAUUGGUGAACCAGGCCAAAAAGGCAGCAAGGGUGACAAAGGAGAAAAUGGUCCUCCUGGUCCUCCAGGUCUUCAAGGACCUGUUGGUGCCCCCGGGAUUGCUGGUGGGGAUGGUGAACCAGGGCCCAGAGGACAACAGGGGAUGUUUGGACAAAAAGGAGACGAAGGUGCUCGAGGUUUCCCAGGACCUCCUGGUCCCAUAGGCCUUCAGGGUCUACCUGGUCCACCUGGUGAAAAGGGUGAAAACGGAGAUGUGGGCCCCAUGGGUCCACCUGGUCCUCCUGGCCCAAGAGGCCCUCAAGGCCCUAAUGGAGCUGAUGGACCGCAAGGACCCCCAGGAUCUAUCGGUUCUGUUGGUGGUGUUGGAGAUAAGGGGGAACCUGGAGAAGCAGGAAACCCAGGUCCUCCCGGAGAAGCGGGCUCUGGUGGUCCCAAAGGAGAAAGAGGAGAAAAAGGAGAAGCUGGUCCCCCAGGUGCUGCUGGACCACCGGGGGCUAAGGGACCACCAGGUGAUGAUGGUCCUAAGGGUAACCCGGGUCCUGUCGGCUUUCCUGGAGAUCCUGGUCCUCCUGGGGAACCAGGCCCUGCUGGUCAAGACGGUGUUGGUGGUGACAAGGGUGAAGAUGGCGAUCCUGGUCAGCCGGGUCCUCCUGGUCCAUCAGGAGAAGCUGGCCCACCUGGCCCUCCAGGGAAGAGAGGUCCUCCUGGAGCUGCAGGUGCCGAAGGAAGACAAGGAGAAAAGGGGGCCAAGGGAGAAGCAGGUGCUGAGGGUCCUCCUGGGAAAACUGGCCCUGUUGGACCUCAGGGCCCUGCUGGAAAGCCUGGUCCAGAAGGCCUCCGGGGUAUCCCUGGCCCCGUGGGAGAACAAGGUCUCCCUGGAGCUGCAGGCCAAGAUGGGCCCCCGGGUCCUAUGGGACCUCCUGGUUUACCUGGUCUCAAAGGUGACCCUGGUUCCAAGGGUGAAAAGGGACAUCCUGGUUUAAUUGGUCUGAUUGGCCCUCCAGGAGAACAAGGGGAAAAGGGUGACAGAGGACUCCCUGGGACUCAAGGCUCUCCAGGAGCCAAGGGAGAUGGGGGAAUCCCAGGUCCUGCUGGCCCCAUAGGUCCACCUGGUCCUCCAGGACUACCCGGUCCUCAAGGCCCAAAGGGUAACAAAGGGUCUUCGGGACCUGCUGGCCAGAAGGGUGACAGUGGUCUUCCUGGGCCCCCAGGGCCUCCGGGUCCUCCUGGUGAAGUCAUUCAGCCUUUACCCAUCCUGUCACCCAAAAAAACAAGACGGCAUGUUGAAAGCACGCAAGCAGACAUGGGGGAUAACAUUCUCGAUUACUCAGAUGGAAUGGAGGAAAUAUUCGGUUCCCUCAAUUCUCUGAAGCAGGACAUCGAGCAGAUGAAGUUCCCAAUGGGUACUCAGACCAAUCCAGCUCGAACUUGCAAAGACCUGCAACUCAGCCACCCCGACUUCCCAGACGGUGAAUAUUGGAUUGAUCCUAACCAAGGCUGCUCAGGAGAUUCCUUCAAAGUUUACUGUAAUUUCACAUCUGGUGGUGAGACUUGCAUUUAUCCAGACAAAAAGUCAGAGGGAGUAAGGAUUUCAUCAUGGCCAAAGGAGAAACCAGGAAGUUGGUACAGUGAAUUUAAAAGAGGAAAACUGCUUUCCUACUUAGAUGUUGAGGGCAAUUCUAUCAAUAUGGUGCAAAUGACAUUUCUGAAGCUCCUUACUGCCUCUGCUCGGCAAAAUUUCACCUACAACUGUCAUCAGUCUGCUGCCUGGUAUGAUGCAUCAUCUGGAAGUUAUGACAAAGCCCUUCGGUUUCUUGGCUCAAAUGAUGAAGAGAUGUCCUACGAUAAUAACCCUCACAUGAAAGCAGUGUAUGACGGCUGUGCGUCCAGAAAAGGCUAUGAAAAGACAGUGAUUGAAAUCAAUACUCCGAAGAUUGAUCAAGUGCCCAUCAUUGAUGUAAUGAUUAAUGAUUUUGGUGAUCAGAAUCAGAAGUUUGGAUUUGAAGUUGGUGCAGUUUGUUUUCUUGGCUAACAUUAGGAAUAAGACCAUCUGAAGUCAACAGAAAAUAUACCUUGGUGCCACCAACCCAUUUCAUGCCACAUGCAAGUUUUGAAUAAGGAUGGUACAGAAUUCAACAUGUGGGGCAUAUGUGUACCAUUUAGGAAAUGUUGAUGUCCUUGGGAGGCAGAAUCACUUGAAAAGGAGUGUUGGUAAUCAUAAAUAUAGAAGGAAGAGUGGCUGAGAUGGUGACCUCUCUGGUUCUUGAUUCUCAACCCUCAUUUCUCCUUUUCCUAUUUGGAUUUCUUUGGUGCUGUAGAACAAAAAAAGAGAAAAUAUAUAUAUAUAUAUAUUCAUAACAUAUGGUGCUCAAUCCCGUCCAUCGAGGAUAUACUAAAAGUGUGUUGAAUAAAUUGUAAUUAUUGUAUGUACAGGUCUACACUGUUAUCUAUGUGUCCAUUUCCAAAACUUGCACGUGUCUCUGAAUCCCACCUGACUCAAAUUUUAUGACCAUGGCCGAACCACAAUGACAAUGAAUCUUGUAUUACAAACAUUAACGUUGUAAUUUCUGACAACUCUAAAUCCCCUUUUCUGAUUAAUAAUAAAGUGCCUUUGUAUAUA